AUGUCCUCAGAGUCUAUCAAUCCAGGUACAUUCCUGCCUCAAUUUGGAGACCAGGAUCAUAGACCACUUCUAGUUGACAGAGUACUUCAACCAUUUCUAUUAUUAUCAAUUGUCAAUGUAUUGAUAACUUCAGUCAAAACAGUUCUACAUCUAAAGACAUUCGCUUCAUUCAAAUUAGUUAUAUAUUAUCUUGUACUCUUGGAUAACUUUACUCGAUACGUAUACAUAUCAAACUAUGACUUUAAUGUCAAUGUUGUUAAUAGAUAUGGUGGAUUAGCAUCAUUGAGCUUUGUAUUCUUCUUCUCAAGAUUCUUGAUGUUUACAACAUAUAGUCUAUUGUUGAUCUUCUGGAUACGUCUAUUCCACAAUGUCUUCAAAGUGCAACAAGCGAUAUUCAAGAUGCGACAUUAUACAACGUACAUCUUUAUAAUUGUACAAGUAUUAUUCUUGGUUAUAAUGGUUGCCAGUACUGUAUUGUUCAAGGAUAAUGACAAACAUCCAGUAGCAUUCUCAGUAUUCUACCUACAUCUAUUCCUCUACUAUGUCGUAGGAUACUGUAUCGUCCUAGCCAUUGGAUUCCUAAUCUUUGGUAUCCUACUCUACACCAAGUCACUACACAACGGCAAAGUAUCGAUUAAUAAUAGAAUACUCUUCAUCUCAUUGGUGCUGGCACUUAUAAUAUGCUUGCAAGCUGCGUAUAUGAUAUAUGCUGCGAGGACGAUGGAUAUGAGGAUGAUGUAUAUAUAUAGGAUCUUUGAUACAGUAUCAUUCAUGGUGUUGACAAAUGGUGUUACCGUGUUGUUGUCAAAGAAGCCAGCCAAGAGAAAGAAGUCGUCGAGAGCUUCAGGUAACUCUUCAGGUACAUCAUGUGAGAUCAACUUGGAUGUGUCAUCAGAGCGUAGAGAACGAAAGGAGAAGGAGAAGAGAAAGAAGUCAAUGGGUGGACAGGACGAUGAAGGUGCCGCUGGCACCUCAGUCACUGUCUCCCCAAUGGCCAUCUCACCCAACAACGAGACAACAUCCAACGACGAUGGAAUCUACUCAGAUGUAACAAGUGGAUCGAUCCAAAUGGAGGAGGUA